UACAAUCAACCACGCGACGAAUUUUAUUGAAAAAACCCUUUCAUCCUUUUUUCUUAGCUUCUUCGAACAAAAAGCACACGGAUCAAGGCAAUGGAAGGCCUAUGGCCGUUAACCUCACGUCCGACACAAAGCGAUUAAUCUGCCUGGCGAUUUUAUUGGGAAUCUAUCUUCUCUCCGGUGCUGUAGUCUUUCAAGUAUUAGAGAACGAAAAUGACAAACUGGAGAUACAAGAAUUAAAUUCUAUGAAGAAGUUCUUCCUUGAGAAGCAUAACAUGACACCAGAUGAUUUCGACUUUUUGGUGGAGAAGGUUGAAAAUGCCGUGAAACACCGUUGUGGCGGCGACCCUGACCAGUGGUGUACGUCCCGAUGGACAUACUACGCUUCAUUGUAUUUUACAUGGAGUGUUGUCACGACUGUCGGCUAUGGUCACUUAGCUCCCAGUACAGUUGGCGGUCGUGUUUUCUGUAUGGUUUUUGCUUUAUUUGGAAUUCCUUUAAAUCUAAUGGUGUUACGUCACAUUGGAGACCGCGUCAAUCAACUGAUAAGUUAUAUUCACUUCUUAGUAGAAACAAAACUGCUCAACCGGGAAUCACAACCAGUUGUCACAAAAACUCUUAUGUGGACGCUGCUAGCUCUCCUCAUGAUGCUUUUUGUUGGAGCGUUUCUUUAUCUGCAGGAAGAACAAUGGAACUUUCUAGAAGGAGUGUAUUUCUGUUUCAUCACGUUCUCGACUAUCGGAUUUGGGGAUCUGGUGCCUAAUGGAGGACAAGCUCCCUCUGAUGUUGAAAGCAUUAUCAUGGAACUGCUGCGUGCCACAGUGGUGCUUUUAGGAGUAUCUAUGUUUUUCUCCAUUAUUACGUCUGUGUUAACCGCUUCUGAAGAACUUCGUGUCAAUUUUCCUGCAGGCAAACAUUUGGACGAUUUAGGAAAAAAAUCUGAAAAGUCACUAGAAAGCGGGGAGAUUGAGGUACAGGAAAAAUUGAAAGAUCAGGAAGAAAAAAGGAUCAUGAACGAUGUCGCAAGCGGAAAUAUUAAUGCCGUAAAAGAUAAAAAUAGCACAACAACGGGUGCUUCUUUGGCAAAAUAAAAACCUAUCGGCAAAUAUUUUGGAGCCAAUUAAUAACAAUGGAGCAUAGAGUAAAAUCGAUAUUGAAGAGGUUCUAGAGAAGACAAGAAAAACAAGAUAUUUCAAUUUUAAUAAAGCUUUAAAUAAUUUACCUGAUGAUUCUGAGGGUGGCUUUGCGCAGUUCAUCUUCAACGCAGUUUACUUUCCUCAUUUUGUUAUUCUCCAGCUACGAGAAAGGAAGAUAACAAUUCGCCACAUAAUGAAUAUCUCAAAGACGUUAUUUUGUGCCCGCGCAAACUCAUUAAUUAACUGAAUGAUGAUUUCGUUUUCUUUUUUGCUUGCCCAAACACAAAUCAAGUAGUUUUUAGGUUAAAUAAAAUAAUGUAUUUUUUAUUCUAGCCACUCUUCAAAACGAUAUUCGUAACAAACUUGUGUUAUCGACAACAUUUUGAUGCAUUGGAUUGUGUUGCUCUAUUAUGACGCUUUUAAAUAGCAAUGAAAGAUGACUGAUUGUAACUGUUGCAAAAGGAUUUGACUCAUUGAGCCUACAUUUACGAAUAAACGGGGUAUUUUUUUAAAGAAA